GAAUCCACAUUGAAAUUUCAAAGCAAAUAUGAAGGUCAUCUGCAUAGGCGUGACGGUCUUCACUCUUUCAGAGAUGGUUUUAGGACGUUACACUGGACAAUACCCCCCACCGACCCCUGAGUCAACAGCAACUGAUGACAUCACGGUCGAAGGCACUUCUGAUCCAUGGAUUCCGAUCGUUCCGCUUCCCACCGAAGGGAUAAAUGUGGAGUUGCGCUAUUUCGCUGUGCGAAGCGCAGGCGCCAGCAACUCCUCCGGCGAAGAGGGACGUCGACACGACAACCCCUAUGGCUGUCCUACGGAUGAAGGGAAGUGCUUCGACUACUGCUACGGCGAAGGUUCAAUAGGUGGCUACUGCGGUGGGGCGGACCACGCUACCUGCAUCUGCUUCAAACGCCCCAACGGCAGUCUUGCGUGAAG